AUGAACGGACACAAAGCGUCUCCAUUGAGGGACAAAUUGCUCUCAAAUUCGCCAGAUCCCGUGAAAUCGUCUAUUUUGAGGGAUUCAGGCAUGGGAUGGAGUCCGUCCGAUGCCACCAGCGGAACCGGAACAAAGACGUCUCCUCUGCGCUUUUCAAAGCGUGACAUUCCCGCCCGACCACCGAUGCCGGACCUUGCUCGUCGUUCUUCGUCGAGCUACCGCCAUCUUCGCAACAACAACCUUGUUUCCAAAUCUCCUUUUAAAUCACAAAUCCCUACUCCUUCGACACCUUCCCGUAACGCACCCCCCAAUCUUUCGUCUUCACCUCGUCGUGUCUCUGGAGAAAAACGUCCCAGGCCUACGUCCAUGCACGACCAGUCGGAGACGGAGAACGAACGUCCAUUUGCUUUGAAGAGAGAGAGACGUCAGUCCAAAACCUUUCAAGGGCUUAUCAACAAGGAGCCAGUCAAGAAAAGUCCAUUCUUGCACACGUCGAGCCCAGAGGAACCUGCCGGGCCAGAAUGCCAAUCGGAACCUGUUGUUCUCCAACCGCCUCCCAUAUAUCCAGCCUCGCCAUCCAGAAUCCCUGUGCCUCUGCCCAGUGCUGCUUCCCCUGCUCGCUCGUCUCUUGUUUCCCGGCGCUUGCAUGGUCCGCGACUAAGUGGACGGCGAGAACGAAGGAAGACGGUCACCUUCGAUGAACGUUGCGAUGUCGUCGAGUUUGACUGCGAAGAAGAGGACAUCAGUGAUGAUGCUCUGGAAAGUGACUAUUCCGACCAUGAAGGUUUUGAGGAGGAUUACGAUGGUGUGGGAGAUGCCGACCCUUUCUUCCACGGGCCCAAUAGUAGCGGUGAGGCUGAUGACCAGCCGGACGACCCGUACGAAAGUAUUGAGAUUUCUGACUCUGGGCAAAAGCUAGAGCUAGAUCCUGAUACUAGUAUCACGGGUUUAGUUGAUGCAAUGUUUGGAUCUCGUCAAACAAGUACUCCGCCGCGCCACGGUGCUGACAUACCUACCGAUCUUGACACCGAAGACGGAGUUCCCUUUGGACGCUCUCAUCAUGUUGAAAGAGCUGCACGCCACCACCUGGAAGCUACACCACCUCGUGCAAUCCCCUUCAAUUCUUUGCCGCCGGUGCGUUCUGCUUCAGCGUCUCCUGCCACCCCGUCGCAGCGAACUCCCGCCACUCCGCCCAUACACGAUUCUUUUACACGCAGUGACGGUGGCAAUGAAGAUAUACAGAUGCUACCUGAAUCACCCUCUCCAACGAAGCAUCGUUCUAGCCCUCGUGCUUCACUUUUAAAGCUUUCUGGUUCUCCGGCCCAACCAGGAAUGUCCGGUCCUGAUCCAUUUGCUCUGCCAAGUCUCAACGACGCAUCUCUUCCCGACGAUAGUCAAGAAGAUCCAGCCAAUUUGUCGCUACCAUUAUCAGAUGUCAAUAUCAGCACAAUGGCGGCAGCUUUGAAAACCCACAAUACGCCACUACCCGAAGAAUAUAAGUCCGCACUUAAUGAUUCGGUGCGAAGUUCUCCUUCGGCAUUCUCCCCUAGUCCAACACGACGGUCGCCUUUGCCACCUAUCCCAACGUCGGCAGGCAUGCCUGCAUCCUGCGCAUCGUCUCCUACGGUGCAUCCUGCUUCCAACGCUGAAACACUUCCUGGCUCCAGCCACCUACGACCUCGCAUCAGCAGGGAGGAUAUUCAAAAGCGUCUUAGUCGACAGCUUAACACAGGCAGUCCGAGUCCAGCAAAUAGCCCACGGGCUUGUGAUAGGCCACGUUCCCUAGAUAGCCCUCGUCAUAGCUUCACGGACAGUCCGCGUAUCACCACUGCCGAUAUCUCAGGAGCUACCGAGAGUCCUCAGCCUGCCGAUAACUCUCUGCGUGGCGACAGUCCUCAACCAGUGGAUGUCUAUGAGGCUGUCGACGUCGCACAUCCGCCAUCCUCCGAUACGGCAGACCCGGCAAAUAGCCCUCAUGGGAGCCUUAACUCCUCAAGAAGUCCCACUGAUGACAGACGACAAGAUGAGGAGAAGGAUCGUGAUACUACUUCAAUCAUGACUGCGAUGACAGACGCCAGUGCCAUUGGCAUUGAGGAGCCAUCGGUCGCUCAUGAGGAGUUUGGGAUGUUAAAACCUGCAGAGAAUGGGCAGAGGCUGAAGUUUGAUUUUGGAAGCAAGUUUGGAUUGGGAGGGCUUGGCAUUGACGAUAUGGAUCUCGAUGAGACUGAUAGUCCUUUCUCGUCGAAGUCGGAAUUAACACCUACGCGCAGCGAUCUACCAACGAAAAGUACUGCCAGGACUCAGGUCGCAUCUGUGGAUGUUGAUAUGGAUAUGCGGAGUGCUCUCGAUAGGCUGCUGGACGAUGUUGCAGGCCACCAGGUUGAACAAGCAGACCUUACGAUGACAGAAGAUGGAGACGCUUCUUGCGCAUCCGAGGAGAAAACCGAUACUGAGGCCUCACCGGUCAAACCCCGGCUUAUGGAAAGAGCUGCCACAGACUCCGCACUGGUCGUCAAUGGUCCUGGUAGUGGAGUUAUUAGCAGAAGCGUCAGCGGGUCUUCGGCAUGUUCCGAUCCUCCGCCGCCCCUUCCGCCAAAGGAUAACAUACGUUCCCGUGAGGCCAUGAUAUUAGAGAAACGACGCGAGAUGAGGAGGCUAGAAGAGGAGGAGGAGGAAGAAUUUUUAAGUCGUACGGCAAGGCGAGACGAACACCUCACAGUCACUACAGGAAGACCCAGCAGGAGGCGCAGCCGAAGCACUGGAGAUGUCGAGGGUAUCCGAGGGAAUACGCGGCGCGGUGCUGACGGCAAACUACUGGAUGUCGUGUCACCAACGAUUGACGAUCCUCUUGCUGACAGCAUUGAGAAAGAAUUGAAAAAGUUAGAGGGGCCAAGUAAAAGCAAAUAUCAUGUCCGACAACACGAGGGGACCAUCUACGCGUCGUCGGAUACUGAUAGGGUAUCGCAUAUGGCUGGGCCAGGUGAUGUGAAUGCCGGGAAGGCAUGGCGGCCAGUGCGGCGGCCGUCAGAUAUGAACGAGUACGCGAAACAGAUUAAAGAAUACCGGGCCCAAGAGAAACCAGGGAAAGCGUAUGGGAAGGUAUUCGUGAAAGUCUUGGGAUUGCGCGGCAUUCGGGUGCCGAUGCCGAAAGAACCAACGGCGGUAUCCUGCACUCUGAACAACGGCAUACAUUUUGUCACAACGCCCGAGUGCAAAUUUACUACGGACAGUUCUAUCAACCAAGAAUUUGAACUAAUUGAACAUAGCAAACUAGAAUUCACGCUCACCUUAAAGAUUCGUCGGGACCCUCAUAUUAUCGCUCAGUUUAAUGCCGUUGUACCACCACCUCCCCCUCAAGCUGUGGUCUCACCGCCUGUCAUCACGCAUACAUCCUCAAAGACGGGCAUGCGCAGUUUCUUCUCUUCGACUCCUAAAAAGCCGAAGGAGAAACAGAAGCAUCCUGCUCCCGCUGCCGUGCAGGCACCUGUUGCACCAAUGCCGCUCCGACUUACUGAGAACCUCGCACGCUAUCUGAAGCCGGAUGGGACCCUUGCGCGAGCCUUCAUUGCGUUCAAAGAUGUUGCACACCGUUGUGACACCAGACUAUUCGAAACUGCGUUCCCGUUGAUCGGACAGCGUCUAGAGCCAGGCAACAAGGUCUCAACGUUGCAGGUCGGAGAAAUUGUGUUACAGAUCUUUAGGUUGCCGCCGCUGCCCGGCAUCACGCCUGAUCAAUUACCGCAAAGCCUUGAAGAAUGUCACCGCGGCUUGCGUCAUAUCAACUGGCAUAAGGUUACUUACUUUGAAGGUACUCUUACACAGAGCGGAGGAGACUGCAGUUCGUGGCGUCGUCGCCAGCUUCGCGUUAUAGGAUCCAACCUCGUGGCUUUCAACAAUGUCACAAAGAGGGUUACUGCGACCAUUGACCUUAAGAAAGCGACGGCUGUUGAAGAUGAUCAACCGAAGGAGAAAGCGUUAAGUCCUGGUGCUCGUAGUCGCUAUGCGGACGAGUAUGAUGGAAUGUACGGGGUGGAGCGCUCGUUUCGGUUGAUUUUCCCCGAAGAUGAGAUCGCAUUCUUCGCUGAUACGGACGAAGAAAAGGCACGAUGGUUGGAUGUGCUUCGUGCCCUUGUGGGUCACAUACCGCCUCACCCAUUAUGGGCUGAGCUGCUCUGGCAGCGUCAAGAAGAGCUCUCAAAGAAGGCCAAGAGUGGCUCGGCACCAUCGACCCGCCCAUCAUCUUCAAAGACUUCGACGUAA